UCGGCCAACAUGGCGGCGCCCGCAAGCGACAGAUGUGGCAAAUGUGCCUUUUUCGUGGACAAAAAGAAACGUUUUUGUAAAAUGCUCGUCGCCAAAGGGCACAAGUUUUGUGGAGAACAUGCCAACAUGGACACGAACGUCUACGAAGCCGGCGGCAGGAGGAGGAUCGCUUGUCCGCUCGACCCCAAACACACGGUCAGCGAAGACAAGCUGGACAAACACCUGAAGAAAUGUAACUCUCGCGACAAACCAAAGGCGGUUUAUUACGUAGAAAACAUCAACGCUGGCUCAGCUGACCAAAAUGGGCAGACGCUCCCACAGGUGAGUUUGUGUGAGCGUAGCGCCACUCAGUUAAGACACCUGCUGGACACGCUCAACACUGCUUCAAAAGGUCUGCCGUUCGAGUUGGAGGAACACUUUGUGUCACACGCAGUUUUCCAGGAGGAAGCGAAUAACCCGAAGAACGGAGAUUCGGCCCACAAACACCUGAAGCAGCAGUCCUCCAUCUUGGGCCACCUGGAGGCGCUGGGGCUGCUGGGACGCGGCCGCUGCUUCGUGGAGUUCGGGGCGGGUCGAGGGAAGCUGUCGCACUGGAUCCACCGAGCCCUGCGGGAGCAGACCCCGCCGCCGCCGCCGGCCAGAGAACAUCUGCAGAUGCUGCUGGUGGAGCGAAGCAGCACCCGAUUCAAGGUGGACGGAAAACAUCAGGACGCCGACGUGGAGUUUGCCAGGCUGCAGAUUGACAUUCAGCAUCUUGAUUUGAGUAAAGUCCCGCUGCUGGGACGCCAGCUGCCGCUCGUCGGCGUCGGGAAGCAUUUAUGCGGAGCGGCGACAGAUUUGGCUCUUCGCUGUUUGUUCCAAACAUCGUCGACGCCUCGACAACAAGCGGGCCCGCCGAGAAAACGCCACAAAGCGUCGCGUGACUCUGCAGCGGGAGACGCACCCGAUCCUUGUGGAUCCCGCCCUGCCCGCGGACCUUCCGAGCAGGGUCCUUGCGGAUCCUCCGAUCCCUUUGGUCCUUCUCCGGUUCUGGGCCUGGCGGUGGCACUGUGCUGUCACCAUCGUUGCGAGUGGCGUCACUAUGUGGGUCAGAAAUUCUUCUUUGAUCUGGGUCUGGGUCCCACAGAGUUCUCGAGCUUCUGCCGCAUGUCCAGCUGGGCCACGUGCGGCCUGCGAGCGGCAUCUGAUCAGAGAGCGGACGAAGAACACGAACCGCUGAUGGCGGAGGAGACGGACGUCGCGCCGGGAUUUCUGUCGCCGGGCGAGCGCGAGCGGAUCGGACGCCGCUGCAAACUUCUGAUCGACGCCGGUAGAAUCGAGUUCCUGCGCAGCAAAGGAUUCUGCGGACGGCUGACGCGUUACGUCAGCGCUCAGGUGACCCUGGAGAACGUCCUGAUGACAGCCACACCUGCCGGCUCUUCUUCUGCUGCUUCCGAUGUUUACUCGUAAUCCACUUGGGCGUCCGCCAUCCCGGUGGGUCACGCGUGAGAGAGCGCGUGCACGUUAAGCGCGGCAUGCGCUCUCUUCCGAGCCUCCCGGAUGUACGUCAGCAUGAAUUCUCGUCCGAACAUCUCGCGGUCGUCGCCGUCGUCAGUUGUGGCCAUCUCCAGCGCCAACGGGUUGUCCCGGAAGUUGACGAACCUUCACACAAAAAGAGCCAGGAGUCAUUUUUUCCCCAUCCAAAAACUUCAUCAGCGUCAGGUGCCAGAGAAGUGGACCUCCCAAAAGACGGUGCUUGGUCGACCCGGGGGCACCCCUCCUUUCUUUAAUCGCGCCCAGCCGCCACCCAGCAUUAUCAAGAUUUUAUUUUAUUUUUUUCAUUCAUUGGUUAUUAAGAUGUCUUUGUUCCCUA